UGUCCUCUUCCGUUUGUUCCGGAUGCGGAUGGACGCGAACAUGGCGGCUGAGGGAGAUGUGGAUUUGGACCUGGAGGCGGAGGAGAAUUGCACCGGGAAGCCAACAGAAAAACCCCGUAAACACGACAGUGGAGCUGCUGAUUUAGAAAGAGUCACCGAUUAUGCAGAAGAGAAAGAAAUCUCGAGUUCGGACUUGGAAACGGCCAUGUCCGUGAUUGGUGACAGGAGAUCCAGAGAACAGAAAGCUAAACAGGAAAGAGAAAAAGAAUUGGCCAAAGUUACAAUUAAGAAGGAGGAUGUAGAGCUCAUUAUGGCUGAGAUGGAGAUCCAGCGGGGCGUGGCCGAGCGCAGUUUGAGGGAACACAUGGGGAACAUCGUGGAGGCUUUGAUUGCACUGACCAACUGAACUGUUAAGACCCAGCUGUGACCAUGGGUAUUGGGAGUGCUUCUUUCUUAGCAGUGACCCCGCUUCACACUGAAAUCUAUGAUUUGUAAUAAAACAUCUUGUUUAACAAGUUGCAGUUCA